UUCUGCCAUUUAACAAUAGAGUUCUCCAUUGAAUCCGGCCAUUUGUGUAGAUAGAGUAACACAUCUUCGUUUUUUUUUCGCUGAUUGUUUCUUUUUUUCUUCGGUUUCGUCCAUUUAAAAAGAAACUAUUCAAACAAUUUGUGUUGCGUCUGUGUCAUCAAGUCAUUUCGUCGUCCCCCUCGUCAAACACAGAUUACUUGAUGAUCGAAACAAGAACAGUGCAAAAUGAGUGCAAAUCAUUUGAGACAUUUAUGUGCCAAUUGAAGUCAUUUGCAUCAUCAAUAUUAUUUGUGUGAUGACGAAUUCUGUGAAUUCGAAUCAAUAGGGAUCGCGCAUUAAGUGGAAAAGGAAUGAAAAAAGAAAAGACCAGGGGCAACCCAUCUUGAAGAAACACACACACACACUUUGAUCGGAUCGAAAGUUCGUAUGUGAUAUGAUUGUCGUCAAAUGAAAUUGCGCUGCUUUGGCAAAUUGGCGACAACAAUAUAGCCAACCAGCAUGUAAUCAAUUGACGACAGAAAGGAAUAUUUUAAAUUGAUGCCAUUGCAAUGUAUGAGAUGGAGAGUGAUUGCGAGAGUGAGUGAGAUCGGGCGAUAGAGUAUGCGACACAUCCAACUGAUAUUGUCGGGUGUACAAAUCUUGAUUGUUUUGUUUUUGCGGCGUCCUGAUGUCAUUAGACUCAAUGUACAUGAUAUCCAUAAAAAAGCAACUUAGUUUUAUGAAUGGUUCAAAAAUACAACAUGCUAAAAAUAUCACAUCGUGUUGAUUUUCAUUUUGUUUGACGACAGCAUUACUUCUCUUCUCUUCUCUUCUCCUCUCGUUUUCAUCGGUGCUCAUAUAACAUGGCCCAAUGACGACACAUUACAGCCGAAUUGAAGGGGUGUGCGUCGAUUCUGCUCAACGAAUGUCUCAUUUUUACAAUAAUCUCUUCUUUCGUUCAGCUGUGUUGCCAUAGCCAUCAAAACAACUUUUUAUCAUUUGUUGAGGAAAGAAACCGAGAAAAAAUCGAAACAGAUGCAAUUCUCCUGCAUCAAAGCAUCACCGAUGAUCGAAAGUGGAUUUAGGCUUAAAUGGAAUGCUUUAGAUGAUUUUGCAAUAUAUGCGUCAUAGAGUUAAGCCCACUCGUUGCACUGCAGAGUUCAAUGCAUCCUUAAAUACACAUAAAAAAAAUAGAGAAACACGACAAAAUUGAACGCUAUUCAUACUAAGCUGUUUUGUACUGGCAACUGAGGGUCUCAUUGCUCUCAUCUCGAACAAUGAACACGAGAGACGAAAAAAUGAACGAUUCAAAAAUUUCCAAAACUAUUUUAAUUUAUCAGCAUUUGAAUUUGGCCUCUGUCAUGACAAUGUUUCCCGCAUUCUGCAGCAAAUCCAUUGGAUUUGUUUAAAAAAAAAGUUGCGAAUGUUCGCAUGGGGUCUCUAAUCAGUUUGUUUGCAUUUAGUUUAUCGUAUAUAUGUACAAGAAAAUACAGUAUAACAUAACAGAUACACAAAGACAAUUCCAAAAAGCAACGGCAGCCGCAACAGCAGUUGAAGAAGAAAAAAAACGUGAAUAGCAACAACAAACAGCGAAUGAGUAGAAUCAAUGCGCGCAAUGAACGACCUAAAAAAACUAGCACUACAACAACACCGAGCACAAGCAUUUAUCUCGAUACAGUGAAAUAUAGCUACAUAUUGAAAUGGUCGAUUGCGUAUACCUAGAUUUGUGUAUCGUGCUUCUGCCAUACGCUUUUUUUUCUUUCUUAAAUGUAUAUAAACAUUUUUAUUUAUAUUUGUUGUACGUAUGAAGCGGCAUUAUAGUGAAAUAAAGUCAUAUGACUUGAUUUGCUUUUUUCUUUUCUUUAGAGUGUUUCGUUCUCUGUGCACGCUGUCCCAUUCACCGCCACUGAUUACCGGCCGCGUUGCGUCUCAUUUCAUCUUCUAUGAGUGGCUUAAUACUCAUAUAAUAUAUAUAUACAUAUGUUUUUUUUGUUGCUUUGCUUCAAUCGUCGAACACGUGACUUUCGAAUACUAGUCAAACUCAGCGUGUCUAUGUCGCUGGUGUGAAUAUGUGUGUGUCUGUGCGAAAUUGUUAAUUUACAUAUCUUGUUGUUGUGUGGCUGGCGCGCACGACCUGCAAUAAUCAUAUCAACGAUUGUGUCUAUUGGUGCAUACUUUUCUGUUCCCAAAUGCAAAAAGAAAGAAACACACGCACACACCAUUCAUCAUUCAUAAAUCCGAAAAGAAGCCGAUCAUAAAAAUUCGAAAAUACCAUUAAAUUGAUAAACAAAAAGUUUCCAUUCGAGUGCAAGUACAAAUUAUGUAUCGUUUAACUGUGAUAUAUGGUACCAAUUUGUUCGGUUCUUUCUUUCGAAAAUUAUGGGAGUGAUAAAGUCGCCAUCAUCUGAGCACCAGCAGUGGCACAAAUUCAUCGAUAUAAAAACGUCCGCAGAGAAUUCAUCACAUAAUAUGGCUGUUGCUACGAUAUUAAAGUGACUCAAAAGACUUCAUUUGAGCAAAACGGCCAAACAGAAAAUGAUUGUGUUAAAUUGUACGCUUGUGAAUUUUUGAUUGAAAGAACUGAACACGAAGAAAUAAUCGAAAGAAGAAGAAGAAGAAGAAGAAGGAGAAAAAAUCGAAAUCAAAAGAAAGAGAAAAUAAAAGAGUCAAGUGCAGUGAAGUGAAUGGAAAAGUUUCGAUAACUAUUUAUUGAAAUUUGGCGAAAUAAAAUGGCAUUGUUUAAUAAAUUCUUUCAAUCAAGUAAACGGAAAAGCGGAUCGCAUGGUGAAUCAACAAAACGACAACCAUUUUCACAAAAUCAAGCAUCAAAGGAAAGUAUAUUCCCGUUUUCGGGUGAACAAGUUAGAGUACUGCUGUUCCGAGAGUGCGACUGGACCGGUCGACGUCUUUUAUUCGAUUCGAGUGCUGUGCAAAAAGUUAGUAUAGCCGAAACGAAUCAAUCAAAUACAGAAAACAGUCAAAAUGGAAAACUGCCAAAUUCGAAUGACAAUAAUGACAAAGAUGGUGCGAAUUCGUCGGAAGCGUUUAUCGAAAUUUGUAACGGUUACGGAUACACAUACAAUCAAACAUCAUGCGAAAGCAGCAACAUCGGUGAAAUGGUCUUUGGAUCGGUUGCCAUGUCAUUCAAAGGCACAUCGUUGAAGGUACAUUGGCUUCGAGAACCAACGCGAAUUAUGUGUUCACAGGUAUUUCUGUCGCCGAUUUAUCCGAAGAAUAGCUUUUGUCGGAUAUCAGGAAAUGAUAUGAAAAGAAGUGAUAGCACAAAUCGUGAUGCGUCGAUCAAUCAAUCUAAUGACAAUUCGGUGAAUUCAUUUUCGUUGUCGUUGUCGCUGUGCAUGACCGACAAACUAGCCGAAUUGGAUGAAAAAAGCAAAGCUAGCGCAACGAUUCCAUUGGACGUUCCAUCGUCAUUAGACCAUAGUAGUUAUGCAUUCAGUGGCUGUGAUUCAGGUUAUUCUGGAACUGAUAUGUGGACCACUAUGUCUGGUUCAUCGUACGGUUUUCGUUCAGAUCGAAGUAGUGUGGUUUCGAUGUUUAGCACCGAUCCAAGCAUUGUUAGUUCACGCAAACUUAGUGUAGAUUCAGCGAUAAUAGUGGAUGCGGCAAUGAAUGGCCGCAGCAGUGAUGGAUGCCUACAGCGACGCAUUUUACGCAAUAUGUCAACGUCGUUUGAAAAUAAUUUGUCGGGCAAUGAUUUUAUCGGUUACUUUGAUGAAAGUAAAUGCGAUCGUUCAAUAAACAGUGUGUCCGGGUCGAUGGUACGACGGCACAGUGAUCAAUGUGAAAGCAGAAGCAAUCCGGAAAUGGUUCGACGACGGAAAAAUGGCGGCAAAGAGAGUCUAAAACCACCGCACAUACACUUUUCCAGUUAUACACCGAGAUCGAAGACGGCUCAACGACGGUCGAAAAUCGGUCUUGCUGUUUGCAUUCGCUUCAGUGAAUCGGCCGAAGAGGAAAUGCAACUGUUUUGCUCCGAACACAUCGCAUUGCUCGAAUCCAUGCUUUGUAGGCUUCGGGCGGCUGCCGAAACCGCAUAUAUGAAUCGGAAAAAAUUCCAUCAGCUAAUGCUGCAUGCAUGGUUCGCUACGUCAUCGUGGAUAACCGAUUUGUUCACAGCACCGAGGAUAAAUGAGCCUGUAUGGUUUUCGUUAAGCAACGGAUACACUGAUCGACCGCAAAAUUUGGCCAAACAUUUCAUGACCGAGCUAUGUUGGCUCCUCAACAGCGCCGAUACCAAAGAUACAAAUUUUUUUGUCAGCACAUUGCUCACGGCAAUUCUGACGAAUCACCUGGGAUGGGUGGCAACAGUGGCACCGAUCAUAAACAGUGCAGCGAGCAAUGACCAAGUGAUAACGAUACAUCAAAAUCAAGCGAAAAUGUCUGAAAUAUCAAAAUUCCAUCCGUACAAUGUGCUGUGGGCGCAGCUCGGUGAUUUGUACGGUUCGAUUGGGAAUCCAUCCAGAUUGGCGAAAACAAUUGUAUGCGGUGCACACACCGUCACCAUAAAUAAAGUUCUCAGUGUGCUGACAUAUUUUGUAAGAUGCGGUGAAAUUCAGCGUGUAAAAAGUACAAAAGAGCUCGACAAAACGGAAAUCGAAGAAAUGAUCAGUAGCAAAGGUCGACGAAAAAAGGUGUCCGUACCGAAUAUGAGUCGAUCGGUGAUGCACCCGGAAAUGCCGGUAAAAGGUCUGUCACGCAGCAAAACCUGUUUGAAAGAUAUAGCGACUGUGUGCCAUGACGAUUCAGCCAUUCCCAUACCGAAAAAUGACACUUCAUAUGAAUUCCAAAUCGAUACGUCAAACUUCAUAUUGGCACAACCCGAAAUAGCAUAUAACAAUCACACAAUCGAUACUGAGAGUGAGCCGAAACGGAGACAUGUCAAUAAUUGCUCGACAAAUAGCACAAUUAAAUUGAUGGUAACGAGCCCAAACAACGAUCGCUUCGAAUAUGAAACCGCAUCCGAAGCAAUUGAUUUUAUAUUGAAGAAAAUCGAAAUGACAACAAAUGAAGUCGAAAAUACGCAACAAAGUAAACAUGCGGUUAUCAAGACAACGACGUCGAUGACGAAAAAUGAUGAUCACAAUGGAAAUAAGUCACGGCGUUUGCUUUGGAGCAUAGACACUGUCAAGGAGGGCAUCAGUAUUGAUAAGUGGAAAUCAUUUGGUGUCGACGAAACCGACAAUGCACACAUCAAAAACAUUGAGCUGAAACGUUCGCAUAGUCUCAAAACAAAGCCAAACACUACAAACAAUCUGCGACGAUCAAAAACAUUUCGCGAAAUCAAACGCAACGGAACAAAUGAUUUUAUUUCCAAUCUGAAAGUGGAGAACAACAAUAAAAUUGAUUCGCUCACUUCGCUGGUGCAUGAGAUAAAUUUGAAUACGAAUUUCAAGAGUAAUCAACAAACCUUGAAGCCGGCCGGUAGUGUGGUUUUCGUAUUGGGUGACAAUGAAGUGUUGUCCGGUCUUAAGACACCGCCACCAACACCAACACUAUCACCAUCACCAACUCCAAGCGCCGAGAAGAAUGAAAGCCAUUCUUCUGACUCGGCAGCGCCUUCAUCGACGUCCGUUCGACCGGUGGAUGAACAGUCGGAAUCCAGCUCAAAAUCUGCAAUUACUCGUACAAAUGGUGAGCAUAGUUCGAACGACAUGGCAACCACACUUAACACAACACCAAAAAUCAAUGGCACCAAACCAGAGAAGAAGAAAAAGCACUGUACACAUAAAAAACAUUCCGGAGUUAAGUUCAACUUUGAGCAAUAUCCCCAGAUCGUCACCAAUUACAUGAAGAAUAAAAACUUGGACAUUACCAGCUAUGAUUUUCUUGAAAAAGGUCUAAAAUUGGAACAAGAAAAUACAUUCAAUUAUGGUGCCAGUUCGACCAGUCUCCUGCCGAUGUUUGCACCUGAAGAAAAUCAAGAGCAUGACGAACAAGAAGAGGAGGAACAAUGUGAAUGCUGUGCCAAUACAUUCCGCAUCCUUCAAACUCCAUCCAACGCUACUGAAUUGGAAUUUUCCAACGAUGAUGCCGUUUACCCUGUUGUACCUGUGCCAGCCACCAAACCGACCGUAAACCAGUUAGACACUGUCAUCGAACAUGACAGCACAGCGAAUGAUUCGGAAUUGCAACUGGAAGCGACAGCGUCGAUUCAAGUCGAUUCGAUACGAGUGGAACCAUUAAGUGAUGCCGAAGAUAAGAAGAGUAAAAAUGACAACAAAAUUGAAAAUGGCGAAACUGCAAAGAAACCAACCAAUUCCAAGGCACUUGAGCUAAUCACAUUACCAAUUCCCAAGACAGAAAUUAUAAAUGACAGUAAAAAUCAAUUUCGAAUACGGCCCGGUUAUGUUCCAUCGCUGUUCGUUGGAAUUACCGAUCACUUCAUUUCGGAUAUGGUGUUGCAGGGCAUCACGUCACCGCCACACAAAUGGGAGCCAAUUUUGAAACAGAAUCUGACGCUCGCAUCACAUUGUGCAACAUUUGAACAAAUACCCACAGAGAAUGUUGCCAUAAUAGCAAAUAUUGACAAAUGGGAUGUAAAAUUGUUAUCAUCACAAACGUAUGCUCUGUCAUCGAACGGUUUAAGCGGACAGAUUGGUAUGUCGCAGCUUGUGUCAACAAUGCUGGAAACGGUGCAUGCGAUGUGGCUAGCCGGUACAUCAGCCUAUCAGUGCAUGUCAUUUUUGGAAUCGAAACUCAAAGAAAUCUAUCUGCAAUCGGAAACAUUGGCCGCAUUUCUAUUAGCCACCGAAUUUUGUUCACUCAAUACCGUAACAACGGCACUCAAUUUAUCGGCCAACGAUGUGCCACUGUUGUUGUCAGUCGCAUCCAUUCAUUCGCCGCAAGUUACGAAAAAAUAUGGUAUUAGCUUCAGAUAGCCUUGACGAAAAGCACAUCCUUCGCAAGUGAAUAUUACUGUGAUGAAAAUUUGAUUGCAAAAUACUCAUUCUUCACUAUUAUUAUUUUUUAAACAAACAAACAAACAAACAACGAUUGAAACAUUGAGUUAUUUGCUAAGAUGAAUUUAGACAAUGAAUUAUUUGGAUAAAACUGUAGAACAAAGAAAGAAAGAACGAAAAAAAACUAUGUGAUAAUAUUAAAGAAAGCAAUGCUUAUAACUGUCUAAUGAAUUCCACACAUUUCUCUCAUCUUCUUUAAUUCGAAACAAACAAUAUUUAGUAUUUUUCGCAAGUCGAACAAUGUGAACAUUUUGUACAGUAACAUUUAGAAUAAUUGAAUCGAAAACACAAACAAAACAAAAAUGGGAACAAGAAAAUUUAAUAAAGAAAUAGUUAACUAUGUUGGAUUUUGCAUUUAAAUCGUUUUUUACGAAGAAAAA